UUGCAAGAAGCGUCCGUCCAAAAACUGCCCUGAAUGUCAACAAUCUAACCGCGGCGGGGCAAGGAAGAAGCUGCGACAGCACUCAAAGAGUUUCUGCGUGGGCGUCCCAUUCCGUGUCUGUCGCAACAACUGCCCUGCGAAAUGUGAAUACCAUUUUUCAUCUUUACUUGUUAUUACAUAAACUUUCACUCCUUGGUUGUCUGAUACCCGCAUCUUGCAGCGCUUUCUGUUCCAUUCUGUUCUGUUGUUUUCAUCAUCGAGUCGAGAAUUUGCAGGCCGAAACCACCGACAGACAUCAGUCAUGUCGACGCGCCCAUCGCGUCGGGCCGCCGCAACCAGGCGCGCCGCCAUCAUCGAAGAAUCCUCAUCAGACGACGAUAUCGCAAACACCACAUCGAGAGGCGCCCAAGAUGACGACGAGGAGGACGAUUAUACACCCGCGCCAGCUUCGGCAGCCCGCAAGACUGCUCAGCGAACCACCAGAAGAUCCACUGCCACGCCCGCUCCUAGGGCAGGAACACCAGCAGCAGCAUCAUCAUCAACUGCACCGGCACCGGCACCAAAAGCUGCGCCGAAAAGGCGCGGACGACCUAAGAAGAAUGCCGCGCCCAAACCCAGCAAAGAGCCCAGUGUCGAACCGAGUGUCGAAGCGAAUAACGAUCCCCAAGCCGAACCCGAAGCCCCAGCGCCUGCCGUCAAGCCAAAGGAUGAGCCGAUCGAGGAGGGUAUCGACCCCAAUGUGACUGUCGCGUCUGCCGUUUCGCCCGCUACAACCGCCGUGAUCGCGGAGCCAGAAGCACGGGAUACGCAAGAAAUUCAGUCACCCCCGCGGAAGCGUAGAACUCUUGUGCGGCGCCUCAGCAGAUCGCCAGCAAAGAUCAUGCAGCAACAACUCGAGCUGCAACAGCAACAAGCCAGCCGUCAAGGGACACCAACGCCAGGCUCUCCGUCAACUCAACGCGUCGAUCGCCAACCUGCUCCUCUACAGGACAUCACCCAGACCCUCAUCAACCUACCACCUCCAGCGACCGCGGCAUCAGAGACCCUUGUCAACACACAGCCAACAUCAACAGCAGAUGAAACCGUCGUGGCGGCCCAGAAGCCCGUCAGGGCUAUGGAUACUAUUCUGGAAAAGCCCAUGGAUAUUGUGCUCAAGUCACGGACCAUGGCUCUUCCCGUCGUCGAGGAUACCGGCCCGAAGCCACGCAUUGUCAUCACCAAUCUUGUGCUCAUCAACUUCAAGAGUUACGCCGGUAGACAGGAGGUCGGCCCCUUCCAUGCUUCGUUCUCUUCGGUCGUGGGUCCCAACGGUUCUGGCAAAUCCAACGUCAUCGACUCGUUGCUGUUCGUCUUUGGUUUCCGUGCCAGCAAGAUGCGACAAGGCAAGAUCUCGGCCUUGAUUCACAAUUCGGCGCAGUUUCCGAAUCUCGACUACUGUGAGGUGGAAGUGCAUUUCCAGGAAGUCAUGGACUUGCCCGGCGGUGGCCACGAGGUUAUCCCCGACUCAACACUCGUCAUCUCGCGCAAAGCAUUCAAGAACAACUCGAGCCAGUACUACAUCAACGGCAAAUCAUCCAAUUUUACCACCGUGACCACGCUACUCCGCGACCGUGGUGUCGAUCUGGAUCACAAGCGUUUUCUCAUUCUCCAGGGCGAAGUCGAAUCGAUUGCCCAGAUGAAGCCCAAAGCCGGCAACGAGCACGAAGAUGGUCUGUUGGAGUACCUAGAAGACAUUAUUGGCACUUCCAAAUACAAGACACCAAUUGAAGAGUCGGCCACCGAAGUCGAAACCCUCAACGAGAUCUGCAUGGAGAAGAGUGGUCGUGUCCAGCACGUGGAAAAGGAAAGGAACAGUCUCGAGGACAAGAAGAACAAGGCGCUGGCGUAUGUUCGCGAUGAAAACGAACUGGCGCUGAAACAGUCGGCUCUCUACCAGCUAUACAUCAGCGAAUGCGACGACAAUAUUGCUGUCACAGAGGAGGCUAUCGGUCAGAUGCAGGCACAACUUGACGCUGAGCUUGAGAAGCACCACGGCAGCGAACAGCUCAUCAAGCAGUUGGAAAAGGCCUACUCCAAGGGUAGCAAGGAAUACGACUCUUGGGAGAAGCAGACACAGCAGCUGGUCAAGGAGAUGAACAAGUUCGAGCAGGAACGCGUCAAAUUCGAGGAGAAGCGGAAGUUCUUGACGGACAAGCGUAAGAAGCUUGAGAAGACGAUCGCUAACGCCGAGAAGACGGCUGUUGAAGCGGAGGAGACCAUUCAGAACUGCACCAAGGAGAUUGAGCGUCGUCAAAAGGACAUUGUUUUCCUGGAGAAGAAGGUCAAGGAAGAGGAGGCCGAGCUUGCGACGAUACGUGAGAGCCUCAAGGGCAAGACGCAAAAGUACUCGGAUCAGAUCGCGGCAAAGCAAAAGUCUCUCGAGCCUUGGAAGGACAAGAUCAAUCAGAAACAGUCCGCCAUUGCCGUUGCGGAGAGUGAGCUGGCCAUUCUCAGGGAAAAGGCCAAUGCCGGAACUGUGGCCCUUGAGGAGAUGGAGACGAAAAUUGUGGCCAUCCAGGAAAGGCAAGCGGCGAAGGCGGAGGAGAUGGAGCAGUGCAAAGCUGAGAGAGCGAACCUGAUCAAGGAGGGCAAGAAGAUCGAGGCUGAACUUUCCAAGCUUGCGGAGGAGGAACCCAAGUACCGGCAACAGCUUUCGAAUGCCCGCCAAAAGGCUGACGAGGCGCGGUCGAGCUUGUCCGCCACACAAAACCGAGGCAAUGUCUUGACUGCCCUUAUGCGCAUGAAGGAGUCGGGUCGUAUCGAUGGGUUUCAUGGACGACUUGGAAAUCUCGGUGCUAUUGACCAGAAGUACGAUAUUGCCAUCUCUACAGCCUGUGGUGCUCUGGACAACUUUGUCACCGACACUGUUGAGGCCGGUCAGCAAUGUAUUGAAUAUCUCCGAAAAACCAACCUCGGACGUGGUAAUUUUAUGUGCUUGGACAAGUUGCGAGUCCGCGACAUGUCUCCUAUUCAGACUCCCGAAAACGCCCCUCGUCUCUUUGACCUUGUCAAGCCCAAAGACGACAAGUUCCGACCUGCCUUCUACCAUGCUCUUCAGGACACAUUGGUCGCCAAGGAUCUCGCUCAGGCAAACCGCAUUGCCUAUGGCGCUAAGAGAUGGCGAGUAGUGACCCUUGCCGGCGAGCUCAUCGAUAAGUCAGGUACCAUGACCGGUGGUGGCACUACAGUCAAGCGGGGUCUGAUGUCCUCCAAGCUUGUGGCUGACACCACCAAGGAGCAAGUUGACAAGCUUGAGGCGGACCGUGAUACCUUGGAGCAGGCCUUCAACGAGUUCCAAGACCGCCAACGAGAACUCGAGUCCCGUCUGCGCCAGAUCCAGUCCAUGAUUCCCCAGCUUGAGACCAAGAUGCAGAAGAUCAACCUCGAAGUUGAGAGCUCGGAGCGCAACCUUGCCGAUGCCCAGCGCCGUAUCAAGGAGCUCAGCAAGGAGCAACAGCCUUCCAAGACGGAUGACAACCGCGUCGCCGCCCUUGAAAAGGAAAUUGCCAAGCUUGAGGGCGAGGUCGAGAAGCUGCGCGAGGAGAUGUCCUCCGUCGAGGAUGAAAUUAAGGCUCUUCAAGAUAAGAUCAUGAAGGUAGGUGGUGAAAAGCUUCGCUCUCAAAAAGCCGCUGUGGACUCGUUAAAGGCAGAGAUCGCCACGCAAAACGAGGAAACUUCUGCCGCCGAGGUGAAGAUGGCGAAAGCGGAGAAACAGAAGCACAAGCUAGAGAAGGACUUUAACAAGGCGUCUAAAGAGCUGCAGAAUGCCAUUCAGGAGACCGAGGCUCUGGAAGAGGAGAUUCAGAACCAGGGCGAUACUGCCGAGAGCCUCACGACCCGUGUUGAAGAGGCCCAGGAGGCACUCAAGGAGAAGAAGAAAGAACUGGCAGCUAUGAAGAAGGAGCUGGAUGAGAAGACGGCCGAGCUCAACGAGACAAGGGCGGUGGAAAUUGAGAUGCGCAAUAAGCUCGAGGAAAACCAAAAGAUCCUGUCUGAGAACCAGAAGCGUCUGCGCUACUGGGAAGACAAGCUCUCCAAGCUCGCCCUCCAAGACAUUGAAGAUCUCGAGCGCGGCACCAGCGGCGACGCAGCAGCACCUCAACAACUUGCCGACCCUGAUGCCAUGGACGUCGACGACCCUGAUUCCAUUCUCCAAGCCCAACUCGAGGCCGAAGCCGCCGAGGCCGAAGAGAACGAGGAGGACGAGGAGGAAGAGGAGGAGGAGGAAGACGAAGAUCCAGAAGCCAUGUCCCUCGACGAAGACGACGAGGAACCUCGCCAGCGCAAGCAGAAAACCCCCAAGAAGCAAAAGCAAAAGCGCCGUCAACAAACCGGCAAAACCCCGCGCAAACCCCGCAACCCCCUCGAACUCCCCCGCUACACCCGCGACGAGCUAGCCGACAUGUCCAAAGAGAAACUCAAGGGCGAGAUCGCCGCGCUCGAAGAGAAGAUCUCCAACGUGAACAUCGACCUGUCUGUACUCUCCGAAUACCGUCGUCGCGUGGAAGAACAUCUCGCGCGUUCUUCGGACUUGGCCUCAGCCGUCUCCCAGCGCGACGCCGCCAAGAAGCGUCUCGACGAGCUCCGUCGUCUGCGAUUGGAGGGCUUCAUGGAAGGGUUCUCGACCAUCUCUCUUAGACUAAAAGAGAUGUACCAGAUGAUCACCAUGGGCGGCAACGCAGAGCUGGAGCUGGUGGACAGUCUGGACCCCUUCUCGGAGGGAAUCUUGUUCAGCGUGAUGCCGCCCAAGAAGAGCUGGAAGAAUAUUUCUAAUCUAAGUGGUGGCGAGAAGACGUUGAGUUCUCUGGCGCUGGUGUUUGCAUUGCAUCAUUACAAGCCGACGCCGCUUUAUGUGAUGGAUGAAAUUGAUGCGGCGCUGGAUUUCAGGAAUGUCUCCAUCGUAGCCUCCUACAUCAAAGAACGCACCAAAAACGCCCAAUUCAUCGUCAUCUCCCUGCGCAACAACAUGUUUGAGCUCGCCGCCCGUCUGGUCGGCGUCUACAAGGUCAACCACAUGACCAAGUCGGUCACAAUUGAGAAUCAUGAUUAUAUCCAGCGAGGCAAACAUCAGAAGGAGGAAAAAGAACGGAGGGAGAGGGAGAGACGCCAGAAAGAAGAGGAGAAGAGGGAAAGGCAAGAAAGGGAACAAAGAGAGAGGGAAAUGAUGGGACAACAGUCGGCUGCGGAGGUUACUGUUGCUAGUAUUGAGGCUUAGGGUGGACUGUGAGAGGGGGGUGGAGGGAGAUGAUAGAAAGUGGGUUUGGCUCGUCGGCUGGCAGGCUGGCCGGUAAAUUCUGUUACAUAUCGGGAUCACUAGAUUAUGGUCUUUUGUUGUUGUUGGGUGGUGGGUUUCUGUGUUAUUUAUUUUGAGGAGUUAUGAGUAUGUUACGAAAGGGGGAAUCCAGGUUUACUUUUAACGUUGUCUUUGC